UUCCCUAUCCCCCCGUAUUCUAGAGAGUCGCUUGAUGGCUGCUGCUGUCGUUUCACGAGGUGGGGGAAAACAAGCCUUGUCCACCUAAUAUUCAUUCAACGAAGUUUAUAUGCAGGAAUAUGUCGAGCUUAAAAAUUGUUAUGGUUAAACACUUGUUUGGACUGAUCUUACAAAUGGAUCCUGAAUCAAAGCAUCAAUAGCCAGUUUAUUCAUCGGUAAUUAAAACAUACGAAAAUGUUAAUGUUGCAAUAAUAUUAAAAGAAAAAAAAUAAAUAGAAUAAUAUUUAAUAAAAGGAGAAAAACAAAUAAAGUAUUGAAACAAUAUAUUGUAAAUCUGUAAUAGAACGAUAAUAAUAAUAAAUAAAAAAGUUGAAGAAUGAUUGUCUACACUACUCAUGCCGACGUCACAAACAGAUUUGCGAUUCACACGAGUAGUACAUGAGUAGAAGUCGUUUCUGACGGUCUCGGACUUAAACAUACUUACAUUUGCACAUGGCAGCCAUGAAGCAUGGCAAGACAAAUCAAGACGACGUAUGUUACGUUGUCGCAAAAUACGAUUAUGGAGCUCAGGGAGCACAGGAGUUGGAUUUACGGAAAAAUGAACGUUAUCUGUUGUUAGAUGAUUCUAAACACUGGUGGAGAGUGCAGAGCGCACGCGGGCAAGCUGGGUACGUGCCGAGUAAUUAUGUUAAAAAGGAAAAACCGUCCCUGUUUGACAGUAUAAAAAAGAAGGUUAAAAAGGGUUCGGGUUCGAAAACCUUACCGUCCGGUAAUUCACCUUCACGUGCUGUCGAAUCACCAAUAAUGGCACGAAGAUUACCAGCCGAUCCUAGUGAAGCAAUAGGCACUGCGGUUGUUAAGUACAACUAUCAAGCACAACAAGCAGAUGAGUUGUCGCUGGUCAAGGGCACGCGAAUCCUCAUACUUGAGAAAAGCAACGAUGGCUGGUGGAGAGGCCAAAGUGGCACUCAGGCGGGCUGGUUUCCCUCCAACUACACUCAAGAAGAGGGUGACGCUGACGAUACGCUGCACACGUAUGCUAUGGCAGAAAACGUUCUUGACAUUGUUGUCGCUCUCUACUCUUUUUCGUCUAACAACGACCAAGAGCUUUCUUUUGAAAAAGGUGACCGACUAGAGAUCCUUGAUCGUCCUCCAGCAGAUCCUGAGUGGUAUAAAGCGAGAAACGGACAAGGUCAAAUUGGUCUUGUACCACGAAAUUAUUUACAAGAGCUCAGUGAAUAUUUGACUCAACCAUAUCGCGAUCGUGGCAUGACGACUAGUGAAAUUAGCACUGGAGACUCACUUGAACGAAGGCCUGAUCCUGGAGAUCGACCGCAUCUUAUUGGUAAACCCUGGUAUUACGGCAGCAUAACAAGAUCUCAAUGUGACACUCUUCUUAAUCAACAUGGCCACGACGGCGAUUUUCUUAUUAGAGAUAGUGAAACUAAUAUGGGAGAUUAUUCAGUUUCAUUAAAAGCACCUGGACGAAAUAAACAUUUUAGGGUACACGUUGAAGGGGCACUUUAUUGUAUUGGCCAAAGAAAAUUUCAUACACUUGAUCAAUUGGUUGAUCAUUAUCAACGAGCGCCAAUUUAUACCAAUAAGCAGGGUGAAAAAUUAUACUUGGUGCGUCCCCUGCCUAAAGGUAAUUCUAAUAACAACGGUUGCUAGAUAAAACAAAAUAAUAAAUGAUAAAAGUCGCAUUAGCGUUCUUCAAUGGAUUGUCAAUGCAGAUUACCCGCCAUGCCUAGUAAUAUCAUUUUCUCGUAUGUUUAUACAUAACAAUUAACAUGAUUGGUAAAAAUUUAUCUAUUAGUGUUUUUAUUAUUUUAUAAAACUAUUGCUAAUUAAUUUAUUAUUAUAAGUAAGUAAUAAUCUAAUAAUGCAAUGAUCUUGUUGGAGCUUCCAACUUUUUAGCAAAAAAAUUAAAAAAGAAGAAAAAAAAAAUUCGUAAAAAAAAUUUUUAAUAAAAUUUAUAUACGAAAAAUAACAUUUAAGCUAUUACAGCAACGUGAUAUCUAUUAAUAGUUAACACGAAGGCUUCUCUAAUCUCUCAUUUUUAUAUCAAUCAAUGUAAUUGUAAUACAGUGAUACGACUGAUCAUGUUAUCAUUAUUAAUAUAUUAUUAAAAAAAAAUAACAUAGCCUGCAAGUGUAACAAUUAUUAUAUACGCUGAUACUAUAUUUAAUUAUAUGGAUCUAGCGAUUUUUGAUUAAAGAGAAAAACAAAGACUAAGUGUUCAUUUGUGAUUUUGUAUUUAUUAGAAAGUUUUUAAGUAAAUAAAUCAUAUUAAAGUGUGA